CAGGCGUUAACAGGAUCACUGUGACAGGACGGUGUCACGCUGUCAGCUUGGUAAGACUUACUGUGUAUUAUUUACAAAUCAAGGCAUAUCUCACAUUUAAUUUAUUAUUUAUUUACCAUGCAGUUGACAUAAUAAUAGAUUGGAUUGUUGUUCGUUGAUGACACGACGUGAAUUAUGUUAUGUGAAAUAAGACAGUAUUAUUAUAAGAUUGUUCAUUCUGCGGUAACUGGAUAUUUUAUUCAAAGCAACACAUGCAACUUCGCCAUUAACAAGGUUGAGUGUCCCGACAGUCUUUGGUGACAUUCAAUUAACAGUCAGCGUGAUUGAUACUACCUGAACUCUAUUUUUUUAAAAGCACACACACUAACAUGGAAGUUAAUCAAGCGAAGAUUGCUCGAAGUCAAUAUAAACCGAGACGGGAAAGCCUUCCAAGGCUUAAAACGGAAAGUGCCAUCAAUGGCCAACAUUAUUCUGGUUCUAGUGAAGACAGAAGCUAUUCUAAUGGAACUGGUUUCAGCACAUAUGCAACUUCAAAGAAUUUUAGAGUUCUCAGCACUACAUCUAGUAUCUACGCAAGCAUAAGAUCAGAAAAUCGGAGGAAGGAGACAGAUUGUCAACAGCAAAGAGAUAAUCGUGUUAUUGAUGCUCAAUACCCUCCGAAACCGAUGUCGGUCAUGACAACAGAGACUGGUAUAUCAUUGGAUGGGUACCCUGCCAACAAUUGUAUUGGGUACAAGAAACAGCUCUGUCAAACAGAAAGUGAGUUCAAGGCUCAGAAGCUUAAUAGAACUGAAGAAUGUAAAUUAGAAAGUUAUAAAUCGCGAGUGCAAAAAGAACAAAGAAUUCGUGAGAAACAGUGGAUGCAAUCAACUCAUUCGUUUCGAGCAAAGUCUGCGAGAGUGUUCGACAGAUCAACCCCAAAAUCAAACCCAGUGAAGGAUGUAACAUCUGGUAAACCUAAAAAGCAGAGACCUAAAUCAUCUCCCGCUUAUGUUUCCUUUCUUCAGCACCGACCAAGGGAUCUAAAGGAAGAAGAGGAGGCCGAAUCUCGUCGUCGCCGGGAACGAACCUGCAGUACGUGUGAAUAUAUGAAGAAACUAAUACAAAUGUAUGAGGAUCACAUUGGAGAGUUGGAGUGUGAGGAUGGUGUCACUGAUGAGUACAGUCGGUACUCAUUUUCGGACAGACAAGUAAAAACAUUUAUGCACCUCUUAGAGACCGAGUACUGCUCUGAAAUUCCACAAAUGAAGGAGAUAUUUCAUAACGGUGGGAUUGAAAUGGAUAAACCAACUUCCGGUAGUAGUGCAUAUCGGUGCGCUACGCAUGACAACGGCAUACAGAAUAGAAUACGACGGUUUUGUAGCUCUCAAGAUUCAUUCAACAAAAAGCAUCCUUUACCGGAGUAUAUUAAAAAAGGCCUGGAAAAUGUGAGGAUAGCCGAAGCGAUGUUAGCGAAACGACAACACAUAGACAAUAGAAGGGCAAUGAUAGUACAGGAGGCAAGACGGAAGCUUGGUAUACUCAGAAUAUAGAAACAUACCCCCGCUUUGAUUUCGCAGACAGCUAUAGCUUGCAUUAAUUUGCACUUAACUCUGCGUUCGGACUUUCUAUAGAAAUCGCAGAGACGUGUUCAGAAUAAGCGGAUGAGAUUUCAGGGACGAACAACCAAAAUAGAAUGGAUUAUUUUGUUCAUAAUCCGGAUUUUUCUUUUAUAAGCCUACAUUGCCACUCCAAUGAAAGGGAAUUCCUGCUUCAGUGAUGGUUUUGUUUAUGCAUAUUUGAUCGAUAGUGUCUCAUUAUACAUGGAUCGAACUUCUCUUUCAUGUCCUGUGAUAUUAUAGGUGAUGUUUCUUUGGAAGGAAUGGUAACAUUAAAAAGGUAUUCAAGCAUAUAACCGCCGUGCAUAGUUGUUGUAGCGUAAAUAAUUCUAUUCUGUAACGUCUGAAAUAAUCGCGUUUAAUGGAAUACAUUCACAUGUAUGCACGUUUUGAUAUUGCUCCGUAGUUGGUAUUUAUUCCUUAGUGAACUUUUUCGAAAUGUUUGAAAACAUUGGUAUUGUAACAAAGCAACAUUACAACAUUGUGGGCAGUGUAAUGAAAAUAGCCUGCAUUUUAGAUUGUAAAACAAAUCAACAAACAAACAAAUUGUUUAUAUUGCUUUUUUUCUUAUGCCUUACAUCAUUUUUAUAUUCUUAAUAGUACAUAUAUGUUUUACGAAAGGUAUUUACGUGUUUCAAUUGAUAUGGAAAGAAAUUCUAACAUCUUCCAUCUUGAUGAAAUUUUGUCGAGCAAAAUUUUGAACUGGAAUAUAUAACUCGAAUUGUUCAUGAAAUCUGAAAUAUCGACAUUUUUACUCUAAAAUAUGAAUAAAAAUGAAAGUCUACCGACAUGACGUUACGUACAGCUCUGCUAGACACUAUUGCACAAGUCACCUAUUGCAUUAAUACGUUUGUGUAAUGGGAAUUAUGUUAACAAAAAUACGAUGCAUAGCACCAGACCUUCAUAGACAUAAAACAAAUAAUCAGGAUCAAUAUUAUCAUACAAGAAUGGUUUUUAAUCGUUUUAGAAGUUUAUAUUGAACAUCACUUGACGAAAUGUAUUAGAAAUGAACAAUGUGCUAGAAACAUUGCUAGAAGAUUUAAAAGAAAUAUAUAUUGUAGUAUAAAUAUUCGGAUAGUCUCCAAAAGCAAGUUUUAUCACAUAAUUGGUGUGUUAUCUGGUGAAUUCGGCCGUUUAAUGUGUGCGUAUAUGCCACAAGUAUAAAAAAAUGUAUACCGUGUUUCACAUCGCUGCACCAGUCAGAAAACUUCUAAUACUCGUUUCACUUAAUAUCACAUGAAACUAAAUUUAAGAUCAUACCGAUAUAGAGUCUGGGACAAUGAUUCAUGUCCAUGUUUUGAAAACUCACUUUAGGACAAACAUUUUCAAUAAUCAGGAAAUCAUUGAGUCCAAAAUUAAUUUGAUACAACGCAGGUGAACAGUAAAAAAGCUUGUUGUUUAUAUCGGAAGUACUAAACGUGAAGACGUCAUUUAAUCUACAAUGUUUAAAAAAAUGUAUCCGAUAUCGUAAAUACUUAACAUUUCAUCAAUUUUUCAAUUUCCCUAGUGUAUGUACACAACAAUGAACACUGCUUCUUAUAUCAAAAUACAGUUGGGUUUACCUAUUUAACUAAUGUUUACCUACACAUGUUGACGAUGUUUGCAAUGUAAUUAUAAGGUUAGAUAAAUAAUAUGUAGAUCAUUUUCUCAGAACAUUUACAUUAAUGAAUUGUAUGUCAACAUAUUCACGGUCAAUUGUGACAUUUUGUAUUUGCACUCAUUGUAACUCAUCGAGGUAGUUUAAAUACCCAUGCGUUCUCCUAAGUAAAUAAUCGAGAAAAAAGGCUGUUUGAAAAUUAAAUAAA